AAAUUGAACUUCCUGUUGCAUCACAAAUCUGCAAUUCUUCAAUUCAAGUAUUCAACUCAGUAUUACUUGUCUUCGAUUAGGAGCCUGUUUCAUAACAUAAAAUCCCAAUUACUACAACAUAUUUUAUUAUUACCCUAAUCACAAUUGCCAACAUGCCGGCCGUACAAAUCGACACCGCAAAGGCAGCACGCGAGGUGGUUAACCUCGUCGCUCGCGUCACCACCGGCCGCACCAGCAGCGUCGGCAGGACGAGCAGGACAGGCAUAAGGGCCAUCGGCGGCGGCAUCAUCGCCGCCAUCGUCAUCGGCGCCGUCAUCUUCAUCGCCCUCAUCGUCGUCGCCUUCUGCCUUUUCCGCCGCCACAAGAAGCAGAGCGCCCGGCGCCAGCAAGAGAUGCAAAAAUACUACGGCGAUAACCGCUCCAGCAUUGGCACCGCCGACGGAGCGCCGGCGCCGGCCCCGGGUCAAGCAGGGUACGGCAACGCCGGCCAGGCAGGUGGCUACGGCUACAGCCAGGGCACCGGCUACGGGUACGCGCACACUGCGCAGCCGGGGCAGGCCGGCUACGGUGUGCCUCCCAUGGCGCCUGCACACACUGCCGACCAUGGCACUCACGCGAAGUAAAU